CACAUCAGCAGCAGUCGGUAGAUGAGGAGCUGAGAAACUUCCAGCCGAACUUGAGUCCGCCUGCAGGAAGAAGCACCGACGCUUCCUGAGCUCCGAACUUGUUUAAGUCUAGCAGUAACCGAACCAGACGAGCGAGUGAAAGAUGCCGGUCACCGAGAAGGACCUGGCGGAGGACGCGCCAUGGAAGAAGAUUCAGCAGAACACCUUCACCCGCUGGAUCAACGAGCACCUGAAGUGCGUCAACAAGCGUAUUGCGGACCUGCAGCUGGACCUGGGAGACGGCCUGCGACUCAUCGCCCUGCUGGAGGUCCUCAGCCACAAGAAGAUGUACAGGAAGUACCACCCGAGGCCGAACUUCAGGCAGAUGAAGCUGGAAAACGUGUCGGUGGCGCUGGAGUUUCUGGACAAGGAGAGCAUCAAGCUCGUCUCCAUCGAUUCAAAAGCCAUUGUGGAUGGGAACCUGAAACUAAUCCUGGGUCUGAUCUGGACUCUGAUCCUGCACUACUCCAUCUCCAUGCCAGUGUGGGAGGAUGAAGCUGAGGAGUCCGAGUCUAAAACACCGAAACAGCGUCUGCUGGGCUGGAUCCAGCACAAAGUCCCUGAUCUGCCUAUCAACAACUUCAGCCAAGACUGGCGGAAUGGGAAAGCCCUGGGAGCUCUGGUGGACAGCUGUGCGCCUGGUUUAUGUCCGGACUGGGAAACCUGGGAUCCUGUCAAACCAGUGGAAAAUGCUACUGAAGCCAUGCAGCUGGCUGAUGACUGGUUGGGCAUCCCACAGGUCAUUGCUCCAGAGGAAAUCAUCGACCCCAGUGUAGACGAGCAGUCGGUGAUGACGUACCUGUCCCAGUUCCCCAAAGCCAAACUCAAGCCAGGAGCUCCUCUAAAACCCAAACUCAACCCCAAAAAGGCCAGGGCCUAUGGACCAGGCAUUGAAGCAACCGGUAACAGGGUUCUCCAUCCGGCUGUCUUCACUGUGGACACCAUCAGUGCUGGUCAAGGUCAGGUAACCGUCUACCUGGAUCAUCCGGAUGGCACCAGAGAAGAGCUGAAGGCAGAGCUGAAUGAGGGCAAGAAGACGUACAGCGUCACCUACGUCCCUCAGGUCAUGGGAGAUCAUAAGGUGACAGUACUGUUUGCAGGCCAGGAGAUUCCAAAGAGUCCAUUUGUGGUGAACGUGGACAAAGCUCUUGGUGAUGCCACCAAAGUCUCAGUCAAAGGUCCAGGAAUUGAACCAGUCGGCAACGUCGCCAACAAACCCACCUACUUUGACAUUUACACAGCUGGGGCCGGUAAGGGUGACUUGACGGCCAUGAUCCGAGACCCACUGGGCCGAGAUAACACUGUGGAACUGAUGAUGGAAGACAAGGGAGACAAUGUGUUCCGAUGCACGUACCGACCCACCCAGGCCGGGCCGCACAUUGUCAACAUCACCUUUGGGGGCAUGGGGAUUCCCAAAAAUCCAUUCACUGUGGACAUCGGACCUGCCUGUGUCCCAGGGGCAUGCAGGGCGACAGGUCGUGGCCUCCAACCAUCCGGUUUGAGGAUAAAGGAGGUGGGGGACUUUAAAGUAGACACAAGGAAUGCUGGCAGUGGAGAGCUGAAGAUUCUGGUCAAGGGCCCCAAGGGAACAGAGGAACCUGUAAAGCAGACCUCCAGUCAGGAUGGUGUGUUCUACUAUGAAUAUCACCCCAAGAGUCAAGGGAAAUACAGCAUCUCUAUCACCUGGGGGGGUCAGCACAUCCCCAAGAGUCCGUUUGAGGUGAAUGUGGGUCCAGAGGCAGGUCCUCAACAGAUCCGGGCAUGGGGUCCUGGUUUGGAGGGUGGUGUCGUUGGUAAACCUGCUACUUUUGUUGUGGAGUCAGUGGGCCCAGAUGUUGGAGUCCUGGGGUUUGCUAUUGAGGGACCAUCGCAGGCCAAGAUUGAGUGUGAGGACCGCAAUGACGGGUCAUGUGAUGUCUGCUACUGGCCCUUGGAGCCAGGUGAAUAUGCUGUCCAUGUGACCUGUGACGAGGAGGACAUCAAAAACAGUCCCUUCAUGGCCUGCAUCGUUCCUGACAACCAGAGCAGCCAUCCGGAGAAGGUGAACGCAUUUGGGCCGGGCCUGCAGGCAGAGAACAGCUGUCUGGUCAACCAGCUGGCUGAGUUCACAGUGGAUGCAAAGGAUGGUGGGAAUGGGCCUCUAAAGAUCAUGGCUCAGGAUGCAGAAGGAGAGCCAGUGGAGGUUAAAGUCAAAAGCAAAGGCGAUGGUCAGUACUCGUGCUCCUACCUGCCCACUUCCCCUCUCAAGCACACAGUGGCCAUCGCCUGGGGAGGGGUCAGCAUCCCCAAGAGCCCCUUCAGGGUGAAUGUGGGUAAAGGAAGCCACCCGGACAUGGUAAAGGUGUCCGGUCCAGGAGUGGAGCGGACUGGACUAAAGGCCAACGAGCCCACGCACUUCAUCGUGGACUGUUCUGGAGCAGGAGAUGGUGACGUUUCUGUGGGCAUCAAGUGCGACGCCAACAUGAUCAGUGAUCAGGAGGCUGAUGUGGACUUUGACAUCAUCCCCAAUGCCAACGACACGUUCACAGUGAAGUACAUCCCUCCUGCGGCUGGUGGUCUGACCAUCAAAGUCCUCUUCACUGACAAGGAGGUUCCUCAGAGCCCCUUCAUCAUCGUAGUGGAUCCUUCCCAUGAUGCUGCCAAGGUCAAGGUAGAAGGCCCUGGAAUCAAUCGCACCGGUGUGGAGAGCAACAAACCCACCCACUUCACUGUGCUGACCAAAGGAGCUGGCAAAGCUCCACUGGAUGUCACCUUCUCUUCCCCAGUCAAGGAUUUCGACAUCAUCGACAACUAUGACUAUUCUCAGACGGUCAAAUACACACCCGUGCAGCAGGGCGAGAUGUCAAUCGAGGUGAAGUUCGGAGGAGAUCCCAUCGCCAAGAGUCCAUUCAGCGUGGGUGUGGCCUCCCCUCUGGACCUCAGCAAGAUUACAGUGGACGACCUGAACGGCCGAGUGGAGGUCGGUCAGAAGCAGGAGUUCACUGUGGACACCAAAGGAGCAGGAGGUCAAGGACAGCUGGAGGUCUCAGUGCUGAGUCCGAGUCAGAAGAUUGUACCGUGUAAAGUGGAGCCACAGAAAGCGAACGUCACUGUGGUCAGGUAUACUCCCACUGAAGAGGGACUCUAUGCUGUCAAUGUGUCCUACGAUGGUCACCCUGUGCCUGGAAGCCCGUUUCCUGUGGAGGGUCAGCUACCUCCUGAUCCUAGCAAGGUGAAAGCCUUUGGUCCUGGUCUGAAAGGAGGGCUGGUGGGAAAUCCUGCCGAGUUCACCAUCGACACUAAAGGAGCCGGCACCGGUGGGCUGGGUUUGACUGUGGAAGGUCCGACUGAGGCAAAGAUCGAGUGUUCGGAUAAUGGUGACGGGACCUGCUCCGUCUCCUACCUGCCCACUGAACCAGGGGAAUACUUGGUCAACAUCCUGUUUGAGGAGGUCCACAUCCCCGGGUCCCCCUUCAGAGCUGAUGUCCAUAUGCCAUUUGAUCCCUCCAAAGUGGUGGUUUCUGGGCCUGGACUCAAAAGAGCCAAGGUUGGAGAGACCAGUGUGAUGAAUGUGGACUGUUCCAGAGCUGGACCAGGAGAGCUCAGUCUGGAGGCUGCGCUGGACUCUCCUCCAACAAGUCCCACCAGCACUGCACCACGCUCAGGUGUGAAGGCAAACACGGAGGUGCAGGACAACAAAGACGGAACCUACACCGUCACCUAUGUUCCUCUGAGCGCCGGCAUGUACACGCUGCUGCUCAAGUAUGGAGGGAAGGCCGUCUCUGGCUUCCCCGCCAAAGUAACAGUCGACCCGGCUGUGGACACAUCCAAAGUCAAAGUGUUUGGACCUGGCGUGGAGGGAGACGAUGUUUUCAGAGAAGCUACAACAGCAUUUACCGUGGAUGCUCGUCCUCUGAGUCACAGAGGUGGAGACCACAUUAAGGCAGCGGUGAAGAAUCCUUCCGGAGCGCUUACGGACUGCGUGGUCACCGACAAUGCCGAUGGAACCUACAGUGUGGAGUACACUCCAUUUGAGAACGGAGUCCACAACAUCAACGUUCUGUAUGACGACACACCAGUCCCCAAGAGCCCGUUUAAGGUGUCCGUGUCAGAGGGAUGUGAUCCGAGCAGGGUGGUAGCUACAGGGCCCGGACUCAAAGAAGGACUGGCUGACAAAACCAAUCACUUCAACAUCAUCACCAGAGGGGCGGGUAUUGGCGGUCUGGGCAUCACCGUCGAGGGACCGUCUGAGUCCAAAAUGUCUUGUCAGGACAACAAAGACGGCAGCUGCAGUGUGGAGUACAUGCCAUUCACUCCAGGACUCUAUGAUAUCAAUAUCACCUACGGCGGUGACCACAUCCCAGGAAGCCCAUUCAAAGUGCCGGUGAAAGAUGUUGUUGACUCCAGCAGAGUCAAGGUGUCUGGCCCUGGUGUGGGUGCCGGAGUCCGGGCCAAACUCCCUCAGUCCUUCACUGUUGACUGCAGGAAGGCCGGUGUGGCGCCGCUAGCAGUUUCUGUCAACGGUCCCAAGGGAGUGUCCGAGCCGGUGCAGGUGAUGGACAAUGGUAACGGAACACAGACGGUGUCCUACACGCCCUCUGUUGAAGGGCCUUACACUGUGGAUGUGCAGUAUGCGGAAGAGGACGUCCCCGGCAGUCCGUUCAGGUUCAGGGUUCUUCCGACUCAUGAUGCGAGUAAAGUCCGGGCCAGCGGGCCGGGGCUGACCAACGGGGUUUCUGCCAGCUUCCCUGUGGAGUUCAGCAUUGAUGCCAAAGAUGCAGGAAAGGGCCAACUGAGUGUGUUCAUUACGGACCAAGAUGGAAAGCCCAAACAGCCCACUAUCCAUGACAAUGGUGAUGGAACUUACCAGGUGUUGUACCUCCCCGACCGGACCGGCCGGUACACAAUUGUCAUCAAGUAUGGAGGAGACGACAUCCCUGCAUCCCCGUACAGAGUCCGAGCCACGGCAACUGGAGAUGCCAGCAAAUGCACUGUCACAGGUCCCGGAGUGGGGCCUACUGUGGCCAUUGGGGAGGAGCUGGGUCUGGUGGUGAACGCAAAAGGUGCUGGGAAAGGCAAGGUCAGCUGCGUGGUGGUCCAGCCGGACGGCAGCGAGGUGCAGGCUGAGGUUGUGGAGAACGAGGACGGAACCUUCGACAUUUUCUACACAGCGCUGGAGCCUGGGAACUACGUGAUCUACGUUCGAUUUGGAGGCGAAAACAUUCCACGCAGUCCCUUCAAAGUCAUGGCUACUGAUGAAGUUCCAAUGGUGCAAGAUCAGCGAUUGUUGCAGCAGGCCGCUCCUCCUGGAGCAGGCUUCCAACCCUGGGUGACAUCUGAAAGCUACAAGCCAAUCAGCAGCAGUGUGAACGGAAGCGGGUUCAGACCCUUCGACAUGGUGAUCCCCUUCUCAUUUAAGAAGGGAGAAAUCACCGGAGAGGUUCUGAUGCCCUCUGGAAAAUCCGCCCAGCCGGUCAUCACCGACAACCUGGACGGAACCGUCACAGUCCAAUACUCGCCCACCGAGGCCGGAUUGCAUGAGAUGCACAUCAAGUACAACGGGUCACACAUUCCAGAGUCUCCUCUUCAGUUCUAUGUCAACCACUCGAGCAGCCCAAGCGUCACUGCCUAUGGGCCGGGCCUGAGUUACGGUGUCGCCAACAAAAUGGCAACUUUCACCGUCUUCACAGAGGAUGCUUCUGAAGGUGGACUGGAUUUGGCAAUCGAGGGUCCGUCAAAAGCCGAGAUCGGCUGUGUGGACAACAAGGACGGAACCUGCAGCGUCAGCUACCUGCCCACUCUCCCCGGAGACUACAACAUCCUGGUCAAAUACAACGAUGACCACAUUGCUGGAAGCCCCUUCACGGCCAGGAUCAUUGACGACAGUCAGUGUCGCUCUCAGAUCAAACUGGGAUCUGCAGCAGACUUCUCUCUGGAUAUUAAUGAGACCGACCUGAGCCUACUGAGUGCCAGCAUCACAGCGCCAUCGGGUUGCAGCGAGCCGUGCCUGCUGAAGUUGAUGCCCAACAACCGCAGUGUCAUCACCUUCAUCCCACGGGAGGUGGGAGAACACCUGGUCAGCAUCAUGAAGAACGGACAGCACAUCCCCAAGAGUCCGUUCACCAUCAUGGUGGUCCAGUCUGAGGUUGGAGAAGCUCACCGGGUCAAAGCUCAUGGGGAUGGACUGGAGCAGGGAACCACCUUUACGGACUGCAGCUUCAUUGUCGACACGCGAGAGGCCGGGUACGGGUCUCUGGCCUUGGCUAUCGAGGGGCCCAGCAAAGUGGACAUCCAGACUGAGGACAUGGAGGAAAGAACAUGCCAGGUCACUUACUGCCCCACUGAACCCGGAAACUACAUUGUUUCUAUCCGCUUCUCUGAUGAACACAUCCCAGGAAGUCCCUUCACAGUGCGGGUGACUGGAGAGGGGCGAAUCAGAGAGAGCAUCACAAGAAGACAGAGAGCGGCUUCUGUUGCCAGCGUGGGCAGUGCGUGUGAUUUCAGCCUGAAGAUACCCGACAGCUGGUUCCUCCUCAACUUGUCUCGCCAGCUCCUCUUUCACACUUCCUCCUGCUCCCUCCACUGGUCUGGAGGGUCCACAGUUUCUCCUUCAUCAGUAGUGAACCAGAGUGGCUGUCGCAUCAUCUCUGGUCUCUCUGGUCUGGUUCUGGCUGGGAAGUCAAGGGGAAUUUGGGUGGUCACUGGUUCAAAGGGAACGUCCAGAUUUGAGGUGCUGGACUUACAGGAUGUAAGAGCUGAGGUGGAAUCCCCCUCUGGAACCACUCAGUCAGCAGAGCUGGUUCCCCUGGGCAACAGCACCUACUGCGUGAGGUUUGUGCCCUCAGAGAUGGGAGUGCACCUCAUCAGUGUGAAGUACCGGGGCCAGCAUGUGCCAGGGAGCCCCUUCCAGUUCACCGUGGGGCCGCUGGGAGAGGGAGGGGCCCCCAGGGUGAGAGCAGGAGGUCCAGGCCUGCUGGGAGCUCAGUGUGGCGAGUCAGCUGAGUUCAGCAUCUGGACCCGUGAAGCCGGUGCUGGUGGGCUGUCGGUCGCGGUGGAAGGACCAAGCAGAGCUGAGAUCUCCUUUGACGACCGCAAAGACGGAUCCUGUGGCGUUACAUACAUUGCCCAGGAGCCUGGUGACUACGAGAUUGGCGUGAAGUUCAACGACCAGCACAUCCCAGACAGCCCAUUCCUGGUGCCUGUUGUUGCCCAGAAGAACGACUCUCGCCGCCUCACUGUUAGCGGUCUUCAGGAGUCUGGACUGAAACCCAAUCACCCAGCAUCCUUUGCAGUGCGGCUAAAUGGAGCUCAAGGAAAACUGGAGGCCAAAGUCCACAGUCCAUCUGGGGCUCUGGAGGAGUGUGUGGUGACUGAGCUGGAGAGAGAUAAAUAUGCAAUCCGCUUCAUCCCGAGAGAGAAUGGCCUCCACACCAUCGAUGUCAAAUUCAAUGGCUCACAUAUUCCAGGGAGUCCAUUCACCACGCGGGUUGGAGAACCAGGACAGACCGGAGAGCCGGGUCUGGUCUCUGCGUACGGUGCUGGUCUGGAGAAAGGAACGACAGGAACUCAAUCGGAGUUCAUCAUCAACAACACAAAGGCGGGUCAGGGGGCUCUGGCCGUGACCAUCGAGGGCCCAUCUAAGGUCAAGAUGGACUGCGUGGAGGUGCCAGAGGGCUACAAAGUUCUCUAUACCCCAAUGGCUCCUGGUAACUACCUGAUCAGCAUUAAAUACGGUGGUCCAAACCACAUCCCAGGAAGUCCCUUCAAGGCUAAAGUCACAGGCUCUCGUCUGGUGAGCGUGACGAACGCCAGUGAGUCGACCACAAUGACUCUUGAUCCUGCUGUCCGGCUGUCCAGCACCAGCCUGGGCCAGAGCCCCAUGUCCUGGUCUGCCGACACCGACGCCAGUAAGGUUCUGAGUCGUGGAACUGGACUGAGUCGAGCCUUUGUGGGCCAGAAGAGCAGCUUCUCUGUGGACUGCAGCAAAGCUGGUAAGAACAUGCUCCUGGUCGGGGUCCACGGUCCUCAGGUCCCAUGCGAGGAAGUUCUGGUCAAACAUCUGGGGAACCUGCAGUACAACGUCAGCUACCUGCUGAAGGAGCGUGGCAACUACAUCCUGGUGGUCAAGUGGGGGGAGGACCACAUCCCUGGGUCUCCCUUCCAUGUCACCGUCCCCUAAAACUCUGACGCUCAUCGUACUUCGGAAAUAACAGAUGAAAGGAUGGUUUUUAAUGCAACAUUUUAAUAUACCAAAAAACUCAAACAAGCGUCUGAAUCCAAAUGAAAUUUGUUAUUUAAUAAUGAACUGGAACAAAUUCUGAUUCAUUCAUCUCUAAGCUCGGUGAGUCAGUUCAGAGACACGUACGAAUCGUCUCUCCAGGACUUAGAUCAGCAACAAAUGAUUUGACCCCUUUUUAAUAAAAGGUUCCUGGAAUGUUGUUCGAAAUUCCAUGACAAGAUUUUUAUUUAUUUUUUUUUUUUUUGCACUUGGGUCCUCGAAUUGAAGCAAAUUCUUUAAAAGUCUGAACUGGAAUAUCUUUGAAACUGUCACGAAAACAAGAAGUGGAUUUCAACAGACUGGACGUAAUAUGGAUUUGUUUAUGAAAAAUAAAUUAGAUUGCAUGUUAGAACGUAUCCACUUAUUCAGGCCAUACAUUUAUUUUUUUAAGGGGGGAUUUAUUUUUUAUUUUCCAAAACUGGUCAGAACUCUGUGUGGAGCCAUAAUGUAAACAGAGUCUUGCUUAAACUGGAUUUGGGAAUAACUGGACAUUUCAAAGUAAAAUUCAGGAUUUUUUUUUUUUUUUUUUUUAGAAAACUAAACAUCUCAAGCUCAAGCCGAACUGGACGUCCCGACGUCCGUGGCCUUGUUGAAAAUGCCAAAAGUUGUUAAAAAGUUUACUGGCUGUUUUCCCCUUUGAGCGUCACAAUUUGUUGGUGUUGCCGAACUGGACUUGAUGUUACUUAACGCAACUACUGAUUUUUAUUACUGGCUUCCUUCCUUCUGUUGCCAUGGCGACGCUGCCUUUGCACUGCUGCACUGUACGAUACUAGUCAACGACUGUAGUUGGUAGUUUAGCUGGCUGCUUCUUACACACAAACACAUUGAGACCCAAACUUGUUUUAGUUUUACACCUUGUGUGUUUGUAUGUAACACUUGAUGAAACGUUGAAUGUUGACACCUAAUCACUGCUAGUUUUAAUAGUGAACGGAGGAUUUGGGGGAACAAACACUUAAGCAUCUGAUUGUUUUACUGUAAAAUGCAACGCUGCAAUGUAUAUUUGAUGAUGAAAUAAACUGGAACUAAGAUGGUGGACUUCUGUGUCAUCAAUUG